UGACUAGGAGAGACACCACUUCAACCUUCAGCUCAAGCGUCAACUUAAUUAGACUGCGUCCAUGAGUUACCAGGGCCUACAGAUGAAGGCCUUUGUUGCCGUCUGUGCUCUCUGCUUCCUAGCCAGACAAACGACUGGAACGCCUGCCUGUAAGCUUGAUCCUACAGGGGUCAACUACAGAGGGAACGUAUCUCAGACGUUAUCUGGUCGCACCUGUCAACAAUGGACCUCGCAGUACCCCCACGAUCACACCAGGACCCCCUCUGAAUACCCCAAUACAGGGCUUGGAGGACACAACUAUUGCAGAAACCCAGACAAUGUCUUCACUGCUUGGUGCUAUACCACUGACCCUGAGGUUAGAUGGGAGUAUUGUGCUGUAGGUGACUUUGACCCAGAGUGUACCAUCACUCCCCUAGCUGGAGGACUAUCAGAGUGCUACCUGUUAUCAAACGCAACUGACUACAGGGGAAAUAUAUCGGUGUCCCGCAAUGGCCAUACAUGUCAGCAGUGGAGCGUCCAGACACCUCAUGAGCACAACUACGCCCCUUCUGACUACCCCAAUGAUGGUCUUGGUGACCACAAUCUCUGCAGGAAUCCAGGGGGAAGUGGUGACAAGGUUUGGUGCUAUACGACUUCCCCUACUCGCUGGGAGUUCUGCAACAUCGGAGUGCCCCGUGAAAAUUGCAACGAGGAAACAACUACUGCAGAAACAACAAGUGUUCCUACUCCUCCGACUCCUGAAACAGCUACCACCACAGGAUCUCCAGAGUGCCAGCAGGACCCAUCAGGGGCCACCUACAGAGGGGAGGUGUCUCACACGGUUUCUGGACGUACCUGUCAGAAGUGGACCCUCCAAGCACCCCAUGAGCACAACAGGACACCGGAGGAGUACCCUAACAGCGGGCUGGGAGACCACAACUAUUGCAGAAAUGUGGGGGCUUCCUCCUUCACUGCAUGGUGCUACACCACCGAUUCAGACGAGCGAUGGGAGUACUGCCCUGUCGGCACCUAUGAGCCCGAAUGCAUGGCACAUACAACAUUGAGCCCAAGUGACUGCUACACCGAUCCCUAUGCAACGGACUACCGUGGGACCAUCAACGUGACUCGCAGGGGUUAUACGUGCCAGGCCUGGACUUCUCAGUAUCCCCAUGAGCACAGCAGGACCCCAUUAGAGUACCCGAAUACUGGUAUCGGGGAGCACAACUACUGCCGUAACCCUGACACCUCAGACAUGGCCUGGUGCUAUACAACUGAUUCCAACGUCAGAUGGGAGUACUGCAGUAUUGGAAUCCCCCAAGAGCAAUGUGAAGAAGAACAGACUACACCCUCCCUCUCACCAACCAGUAUGACAGACAUUGUCCGUCUGAGCAAGGGUCCUAAUUCUUGGACCGGACGUGUUGAGAUCAACAUCGACGGCGAAUGGGGAACUAUCUGCGAUGACCUUUGGGGUCUGGAUGAAGCCAGCACUGUGUGCAGGAUGCUUGGGUACCGAUAGGGCGCCAUACGGGCCAGCGUAAGGGCAGAAUUUGGGUCCGGCUUGCCUACGGUACCAAUCUGGCUUGACAAUGUUGAUUGCUUGGUCCCUUGGGAUAACAUCCUUGAGUGUCAACAUGAUGACAUUGGAGUACACAACUGUCAGCAUUCUGAGGAUGCCGGUGUUGAGUGCAAGCCAAACGAAGAAGCUGUUGAGACUACUAUCUCAUCAAUCACAGCCUCAAACACAGCCUCCGAGCAGAUGACACAGGUA